CCGCAGCCGCUCUCCUCCGGCCGACCAGAGUCCCGGCGUCGGCCGCGGCGACGCCGGCUACUCGAGGAUGGUUCAUUGCAACGAUCCGGCGAGUCCUCAGGCGUCGGAGCUUAACUACCCGGAUAAUUCGAUCUCCACCACCAAGUAUACGGUGGCCAAUUUCGUUCCCAAGUCCCUCUUCGAACAGUUCCGCAGAGUGGCCAACUUCUUCUUUCUCAUCGUAGCUUUCAUCUCCUUCAGCCCCCUUGCUCCGUACCGGGCCGUCAGUAUUCUUCUCCCCCUCGUCGUCGUGGUGGGGGCGACCAUGGCCAAAGAGGCCGUCGAAGAUUGGCAGCGCAAGAAGCAGGAUAUAGAGGUCAACAAUCGGAAGGUUAAAGUUUAUGAUGGAUCCUUUUCUCUUUACCAAACAGAAUGGAAGAAACUAAGAGUUGGAGAUAUUGUUAGAGUGGAGAAGGAUGAAUUCUUCCCUGCUGAUUUACUUUUGCUUUCUACUAAUCAUGAUGAUGGCACUUGUUAUGUUGAGACCAUGAACCUUGAUGGAGAGACAAACUUAAAACGUAAACAGAGCUUGGAAGUGACAUCAACCUUGCAUAAUGAAGAUUCUUUCCAGAACUUCAAAGCAUUGAUAAAUUGUGAAGACCCAAAUGAAAAAUUAUAUUCUUUCAUUGGGAUUCUGGAUUAUGAAGGUGUUCAAUUUCCUCUUAACCCAAAACAAAUUCUGUUGAGAGAUUCUAAGCUCAGAAAUACCCAGCAUGUUUAUGGUGUUGUGAUUUUUACUGGACAUGACACAAAAGUAAUGCAGAAUGCCAUGGAUCCUCCUUCAAAAAGGAGUAACAUUGAGAGGAGAAUGGAUAAGAUAAUUUAUGUUCUUUUCGCUUCUCUGGUUUUUAUUUCAUCCAUUAGUUCUGUUUUCUUUGGAAUCAAAACUAAAAAUGAAACUAGUGUUGGAAACUAUAGGUGGUAUUUAAGACCAGACAACUCAUCAAUAUACUUCGAUCCUAACAGAGCAGGGUUGGCUGCCUUUUUCCACUUUCUGACAGUCCUCAUGCUAUAUGGGUGCCUGAUUCCCAUCUCAUUGUAUAUAUCCAUAGAGAUUGUUAAGGUUUUGCAAAGUAUCUUCAUAGACCAUGAUCAAGAAAUGUAUUGUGAGGAUAGUGAUAAGCCUGCACGUGCCCGUACAUCAAAUUUGAACGAGGAACUUGGACAGGUUGAUACUAUACUAUCAGAUAAAACUGGCACGCUGACUUGCAACUCGAUGGAGUUUGUGAAAUGUUCUAUAGCUGGUAUUGCUUAUGGAAGUAGAUCAUGUGAGAUGGAGAAGGCUGCUUCAGGAAUUAUACAGUAUGAGCCAUUUGAACGUCAUGAUUCACCUUCUGCUUUCGAGAGGCACAAGUCUGAAGGAACAUCCAAAAAGUCAACCAAAGGCUUCAGCUUCAGAGAUGAUCGGUUAAUGAAUGGACAAUGGGUUGGAGAACCUAAUUCAGAAGUUAUACACAAGUUUUUUCAUGUGUUAGCAAUCUGCCAUACAGCUAUUCCUGUUGUUAGUAAAUCUGAUGAAAUAUUAUAUGAAGCUGAGUCCCCAGAUGAAGCAUCUUUUGUUACAGCUGCAAGGGAACUUGGUUUUGAAUUUUACAGACGAACCCAGACAAGCGUCUCUUUGCAUGAGUUUGAUCCAAAGAUUGGCAGAAAGGUUGAUAGGACGUAUGAACUUCUCGAUACCUUAGAAUUCAGUAGUGCUCGCAAAAGAAUGUCCGUAAUUGUGAGGACUGAGAGCAACCAGUUAUUACUUUUCUGCAAGGGUGCCGACAGUGUAAUCUUUGAAAGGCUUGCCAAGAAUGGACAGGUAUUUGAACCAAAUACCAAAUGCCACAUCAAUGACUAUUCAGAGGCAGGCUUACGGACAUUGGCGGUUGCAUACCGCAUACUAAGUGCAGAAGAAUACAUUCCAUGGCAUGAUGAUUUUGUGAAGAUAAAAAAUUCAGUCAACGCUGAUCAUGAUACAAUUGUGGAUGAAGUAGCUGACAGAAUUGAGAGGGAUUUGAUCCUUUUAGGUGCCACAGCUGUUGAGGACAGAUUACAGAAGGGGGUUCCUGAGUGUAUUAACAAACUUGCAGAAGCUGGAAUCAAGAUCUGGAUUUUGACUGGCGAUAAAUUGGAAACUGCAGUCAACAUAGGGUUUGCCUGCCAAUUGCUAAGGAAAGGAAUGGAGCAAUUAGUUAUCACGCUUGAUACCCCAGAUAUUAAUGCGCUAAAGAAAGAUGGGGACAAGAAUGCCCUGGAAAAGAGCUUACAUGAGAAUGUUGCCAAGCAAAUAUGUGAAGCACUGUCACAUGUUUCUAAAAUGAAAGGAAGUAAUGUUCCCUUUGCUCUUAUCAUUGACGGUGAUUCGCUGGCUUUUGCUCUCUCAACAAGUCUGGAGCAUUCAUUUCUAGAUCUGGCAGUUGCUUGUGCAUCUGUUAUUUGUUGUCGAACUUCACCUAAACAGAAGGCACUGGUCACCAGAUUGGUAAAAUGGAGAACAAGGAAAACUACACUGGCAAUUGGUGAUGGAGCCAAUGAUGUUGGUAUGCUUCAAGAGGCUGACAUUGGCGUUGGUAUUAGCGGGGUUGAGGGCAUGCAGGCUGUAAUGUCAAGUGACUUUGCAAUAGCUCAAUUUCGAUUUUUGGAGCGGUUGCUGCUUGUUCAUGGGCAUUGGUGUUACAGGCGGAUUUCAGCCAUGAUAUGCUACUUUUUCUACAAAAAUAUAACGAUGGGCUUCACUCUUUUCUGGUUCGAGGCUCAUGCUUAUUUUUCAGGACAGCCUGCUUAUAACGAUUGGUUCAUAUCAUUUUACAGUGUUGCCUUCACAUCUCUUCCAGUGAUUGCACUAGGUGUUUUUGAUAAAGACGUUUCUGCGCAUCUUUGCCUGAAGUUCCCUAAGUUGCAUCAGGAUGGUGUUCAGAACAUCUUCUUCAGCUGGCCUCGUAUACUAGGUUGGAUGAUUAACGGAGUUUGCAAUGCCCUCGUAAUCUAUUACUUCACAACCCAUGCCAUCUUUCACCAAGCAUUCCGACAAGAUGGUCAUGUCGCAGCCUAUGAAAUCCUGGGAGUAACAAUGUACACCUGCGUCGUGUGGACAGUGAACUGCCAAUUAGCGAUCUACCUCAGCUACUUUACAUGGAUCCAACAUUGCGUCAUCUGGGGAAGCAUCAUAUUUUGGUAUAUGUUUCUUGUAGUUUAUGGUUCGUUCCCAUCGACGAUAUCCACAACCGCAUACUGGGUUUUCCGGGAAGCCUGUGCCUCGAGUCCUCUUUAUUGGCUGGUCAUUCUGCUUGUUGUUGUUUCAGCUCUGCUGCCUUAUUUUAUGUACUCGAAUUUCCAGAAGACAUUCUUCCCCAAGUACCAUGACUUGAUUCAGAGACUAAAAGUGCAGAAAGAGAAUUGAUUUCUUUCCAACGGCAGAUCAACUUACAUUGUCCGGAGGCUUUUCAUCGAAUUCUAUAUACAGGCAAUCACACAAACUUGCAGGCAUUACUGUACAUAUGCAGGCUCUUGUUGAUCUAUAUUGAACGGUGAGAACAAACUUGUAAUGAGGAAGAUGAUGUUUUGCAAAUUCAUUAUAAAAGAAAUGUUUUUAUGGUUU